CGCCGCGCCACGCUGCGGGAGCCGCCGCCGCCUCGCGCCGCUGCACCAUGUCCGGCCAGCGGGAGCGUUGCGAGCGCGAGUGGCACGAGCUGGAGGGAGAAUUUCAGGAACUGCAGCUGUCAAAUUGUGAGCUCUGCAAUCAUGUCCCCUGACACAGACAAACUAUGACAAAUGACCUGUUGGUGUUCUCUUCUACGCCCUGCCCGGGCUGCUCCAUCCCUCAGGAAACUCACAGGAUCUACAGGCAGAAGUUGGAGGAGCUGACAGCGCUCCAGACUUUGUGUAGCAGCUCCAUCAGCAAGCAUAGGACGCGACUGAAGGACCUGAAGCGCACGCUCCAGAGGUACAAGCGCCGUGCCAGUCUGGAGGAGGCGGAGCUGGUCCAGCAGAUAGAUGUCACCAUCAAGGAGCGGCAGAACACCUUCUUUGACAUGGAGGCCUACCUGCCCAAGAAGAACGGGCUCUACUUGAAUCUGGUCCUCGGCAACGUGAGCGUGACCCUGCUCAGCAACCAGGCCAAAUUUGCCUACAAGGACGAGUAUGAGAAGUUCAAGCUCUACCUGACCAUCAUCCUGCUCCUGGGGGCUGUGGCCUGUCAGUUUGUCCUUCACUACAGGGUAACGGACGAAAUCUUUAACUUCCUACUGGUGUGGUAUUACUGCACCCUGACAAUUCGGGAGAGUAUUCUUAUCAGCAACGGCUCGAGAAUUAAAGGCUGGUGGGUGUCGCACCACUACGUGUCCACCUUCCUGUCUGGAGUGAUGCUGACCUGGCCCAACGGACUAAUCUAUCAGAAGUUUCGCAGUCAGUUUUUAGCGUUUUCCAUAUUUCAGAGCUGUGUCCAGUUCCUGCAAUAUUAUUACCAGAGGGGCUGCCUCUACCGGCUGCGGGCUCUGGGGGAAAGGAAUCAUUUGGACCUCACUGUGGAGGGAUUCCAGUCCUGGAUGUGGCGGGGCCUCACCUUCCUCCUGCCUUUCCUGUUCUUUGGCCAUUUCUGGCAGCUCUACAAUGCAGUCACGCUCUUCAAGCUUUCCAGCCACGAGGAAUGCAGAGAAUGGCAGGUGUUCGUGUUGGCAAUCACCUUCCUGGUCCUCUUCCUGGGCAACUUCCUGACCACCCUCAAAGUGGUGCACACCAAACUCCAGAAGAACAGGAACAAGGCGAAGACGCCGUGAGCCACGGGGCUGCGCCCCCGAGCCCGGGACUUUGACUGCGGGGGUCUCAGUCGGCACCCUUGCUGCCGAUUCCUCCUCAGCAGCGCCAGUGGCCACUGGCGCAGUGACCUCAGGGGCCAGUGGCCUCCCCGGGAGCAGGGCCAAGGCCCGAGUCCCCGACUGGACAAGAGAAAUGUGACCCAGCCUGUCCGAGCAGUAUUAGCCACCCUUCCUAUUUAUGACGUAUUUAAUGCCGCGCCCUCCCCACCUCCCUAGAAUCAUAGCCCCCGCUGCUCUUGGCCGGACUGUCUUCCUGGGGGAGGCAACGCCUCAGGGAGCCCCUCUGUCCCCCCUCCUGGCACUUGAAGCCCUCAGGGCAGGGUGUGGACAUGCCUCCUGAGGUUGGAUGUGUGACCUGUUACUUACAGAGUCCCAGGCGGAGGCGGGAGGGGGGCCCUGGGAGUCCUGUGGGGACUCCCUCCGCAGGCCACGCUUCUGCUGUCGGCUCCCUCCUCCCAGCCUCCGUUUCUCUGUGGGGCGGGCAUCUACCUUCUCAGAGAACCGCUGUUGUGCCUUGUGCUCUUUGUGCUUCCUGAGUCCCCUGACUGCCGGUCACCUGGGGAAAGUGGCCGGGCGGCCUGGGGCCUGGGGUUCUUGGCCCCUGGAGCAGCUGGGCCCAAGGCAGGCAGGGUUUCUGAGUCACCACCAGAGGGCGCCCAGCCUCGGCACCACGUGGGUGGUUUGAGGGCGUUACUUGACACUUCCUGACCCUCAGCCCUCAGCCCAUCUUCCCGAAUCCUUGCAGUGGGAACUCGGAGUGAGACCCAGACCCUCAGCGCUGGCCGGGACUUCAGCCAGCGCCAAUGUCACCCAGCCCUCCAUCUCCGCCUUUACUCAGAGGUUCCGGAAAUUGGGGGGGGGGGGGGUCUGGGCAACCUCACUUUCAGGAGGUCACACAGGGCAAGGCUGCUGGUCACCUCACGAUAGAUUCCGAAUUGGAGGGUGAAGAGGCCAAUUUUCUGCCCCUUCUCCCACACCUGAGCCUCACCUGCCCUUAACGACUUCCCUACAAAUCCUCUAGGACCAGAGGUCAUAGCUGGUGUCCAGAGCUAUGCUGUGGCCCUCAAGGGGAAAGCCCUGGCCGCGUUCCCACAGAACAGCGCUCACCUGGGCCGGCUGCCUGCCCGGAGUGGGAGUGGCGCUGGCUUUCUCGUUUGCGUUUGCGGAGACCCCACCACUCCCUCCUAGCCCUGCCCUCCUUCACUCUCCACGCCGCCCAUCUGGCCCUUUAAGAACUUGGGUUUGCCCUAGACUCGCGUUGGCCAGUUGGCCACCUUUCCUGUGACGGGCCAGAUGGUCACAGUCACAAUGACUUUAGCCUGCAGUUGUGGGGCAGAAGCAGCCCACGCAUAAAUGAAUGGGCAUGACUGUGUUCCAAUAAAACUUUAUUUACAAAAACA